AUGUUUACAUUCAUCUUCAAUUUGCUCGUUCGGAUUCUCAAUCAUUUCUUCAACAUGCCGGGCAUAUUUCAAAAAGUUGAAAAUAUACUACAUCAUGGAAAACAUGAGGCUCCACCGCCUAAACGCUUCCCCAUUGAAUGGAAUCAUGGAGUUCUCAAGGCAGAACUUCUUGCUCAUUCUAUCUUCGCUGGAGAACAUGAUCACAACAAAUUGAAAGAAGAUUCCGGUGAAGCUAAAUUUGCUACGGGUACAUAUAUCGGGACCAAGAAAGCAGUUUCAGAAGUUUAUACUCUAGUCAACAAAUCAUUCGCUUCUUUCUUCGACGUUCAUCAAUUGGAAUCUCACCUUCCUACUGCCCCCAUCUCCCUUCAAGAGAAGAAAGAGCGUUUCCAAUUCCAAACUCCCGGUUCAGACGGCUACCCCCCUCAUCUAAGUCUUGAACCCAAAGUUGAUUUCCUUCACUCUCUUAAAAUCUUUCAACCAGAGCGACUCUUCGCCACAGCUCCCAUAGUGCAAAAAGUGAUUCCCGAAAAAUUUCUCGAUUUCGCCUAUGAUGAACCAAAUCAACGCACAUUCGCUCUCAUCGAAAGUGUUAACCAAAAACUCUUUGACGAAAGAAGAGAUAUUGGAAAAGUAGCCAAUAUAGGGACGCGAAAAGAUUGGUAUAGUGAUGAAGUAUACGCGCAACAACAAUUUACGGGGGUAAAUCCGGUGACGAUUAGAAAGGCAGAGAAGGAAUGGAUUCAGAGGUUCAAGGCGGCAGCUAGUGCGCAGGAGAAAAGAGAUAGUUUGAGGGUUAUUGAGGAGGGAGAGAGGCAGGGAGGAUUGUAUGUGCAGGAUUGUAGCUAUUUCCGUAAGUUUGCGGGGGUGGCACAGAAGGAGGAUUUGAAAAGUGAUGAUGGGAAGAGAUUUGGGUGUGCGAGUGUUAGUCUUUUUCAUCUCCUCCCAAAUGGUACUCUCCAUCCACUUGCAAUAAUCCUAGACUACCGUGCCAAUAUCACCGAUUCUCUCACUCUCUUCAACAAGCGUACUUCCCCUUCAUCCCCCAAAACCCACGAAGCAACCGAUUGGCCCUGGCGCUACGCAAAACAAUGCGCCCAAGUAUCCGACUGGCACGCCCACGAACUGGGUUCCCAUCUCACCCACACCCAUCUCAUCGAAGAAGGAAUCAUCAUCUCCUCCCACCGCCACCUUCCUGAAACCCACCCCGUAUUCCAACUCCUCGCCCCCCACUGGCUCAAAACCCUCCCCCUCAACGCCGCCGCAAGAGCAAGUCUCAUCCCCCAAGUCAUCGUGCACAUCAACGGGCUCCCCUCCAAAGGCAGUCUCCAGAUGGUGCGCACGCAGUACGAAACCUUCGAUUUCGUCGGCGGCUACAUCCCGCACGAUCUCGCCGCCCGCGGCUUUCCCCUCGCCGAACUCGACGCCCCCAAAUUCCACAACUAUGCCUACGCGCGCAACAUGAAACAUAUCUGGUACACCCUCCGACGUUUCGUGUCCGGCAUGCUGCGGUCUGCGUAUCCCUCCGACGGGGCCGUCUCUUCCGACGCGCAACUCCAAAACUGGUGUCGCGAGAUUCAAAGCGAAGAGGGAGCGAACAUUUCCUCAUUCCCAACACUCACCACCUUCGACCAACUCACAGACGCAGUCACAAUGUGCAUCCACAUCGCCAGCACCCAACACACCGCAGUCAACUAUCUGCAAGACUACUACCAAGCCUUCGUCCCGAACAAACCCUCUGCCCUAUUCGCGGCUCUCCCCUCCUCCCUGCACGAACUGGAAUCCUAUACGGAGAAAAACCUCAUCGAUUCCCUUCCUGUGCGCGAGCCGCGCUCCUGGCUGCUCGCGUCGCAUCUCCCGUAUCUGCUGAGUAGCGUUGUGGCGGAUGAUCAGUCGCUCCUGGAGUAUGCGUUGAGCGUGCGCGGGGUAGCGGGGGAGAGUGAUGGGACGGGGGAGAGGGAGGAGGUGGCGGGGAGGUUUUAUGAGGAGUUGGUUGCGUUGGAGGGGACUGUCAAUGAGAUUACGUUGGGGGUGGAUGAUGGGACGGUUUUGUAUCGGGUGCUGGCGCCGGAGAGGACGGCGGUGAGUAUUUUGAUUUGA